GAGACGCGAGAGAGAGAGAGAGAGACGCGGCGUGGGGAAGGGGCAGGAGCGCGUCGUGUGAGUCCCGCUGCGUGCAACGGAUCUUUGAUUUCUAGUUGAAUUUGCUACCACUUCAAUCAAGAUGCCACCAGCAAUUGGAGGCCCCGUGGGAUACACGCCACCGGAAGGAGGGUGGGGCUGGGCAGUAGUUGUUGGUGCCUUUAUCUCCAUAGGCUUUUCCUAUGCAUUCCCAAAAUCCAUCACGGUAUUCUUUAAAGAGAUAGAAAUAAUCUUCGAAGCAUCUAGCAGCAAAGUGUCCUGGAUCUCCUCCAUUAUGCUGGCGGUUAUGUAUGCAGGAGGUCCCAUCAGCAGUAUCCUGGUGAACAAGUAUGGCAGCCGGCCAGUCAUGAUGGCAGGCGGCUGCCUUUCAGGGUGUGGCUUGAUUGCUGCCUCUUUCUGUAACACAGUGGAAGAGCUUUACUUUUGUGUUGGGGUUGUAGGAGGCCUUGGACUUGCAUUUAAUUUAAACCCAGCCCUGACCAUGAUUGGCAAGUACUUCUACAAGAAGCGCCCGUUGGCUAAUGGACUGGCUAUGGCAGGCAGUCCUGUGUUCUUGUCUACGCUGGCUCCCCUGAACCAGUAUUUCUAUAGCAUUUUUGGAUGGAGAGGAAGCUUCUUAAUCCUCGGGGGCCUUUUGCUGAACUGUUGUGUUGCUGGGUCUCUAAUGAGACCGAUAGGUCCCAAGCCGGAGCCGCCAAAGAAAGAAGUUAAGGAAGUGUUGCAGGAGGCUGGCAAAGCAGGGGCAAAAGAAGAUGGAGCAGGAGAUGUCAGCGCAGACCUUAUUGCUGGGAAGUCUAAAAAGCAGAAAAGCACAGUUUUGGCGACUGUUAACAAGUUUUUGGAUUUGUCUCUCUUCACGCAUCGUGGCUUCUUGCUCUACCUGUUUGGCAACGUGGUCAUGUUUUUUGGACUCUUUACUCCAUUAGUCUUUCUCAGUAAUUAUGGGAAGAGUAUGCAUUUCUCUAAAGAAUCUUCUGCCUUUUUGCUCUCCAUUCUAGCCUUUGUAGAUAUGGUUGCCAGGCCAUCCAUGGGCUUGGUAGCUAACACCAAGUGGGUGAGGCCCAGGAUCCAGUACUUCUUUGCUGUGUCUGUAGUUUAUAAUGGAGUGUGCCACCUUCUGGCCCCUAUAUCCACCACCUAUGCUGGCUUUUGCAUCUAUGCUGGGUUUUUCGGAUUUGCCUUUGGCUGGCUCAGCUCUGUCUUGUUUGAAACACUGAUGGAUCUAGUUGGAGCUCAACGGUUCUCCAGUGCUGUUGGUUUGGUGACUAUUGUGGAAUGCUGCCCUGUUCUUUUGGGACCCCCUCUCCUAGGUAAACUCAAUGAUAUGUAUGGUGACUACAAAUACACCUACUGGGCGUGUGGCAUCAUCUUGAUUGUCUCUGGGAUCUUCCUGUUUAUUGGAAUGGGCAUCAAUUACCGGAUGCUGGCAAAAGAGCAGAAGGCUGAGGACAAGCAGAGGGCUGAAGCGAAAGAAGAAGAGACCAACAUUGAUGAGGCUGAAAAACAAAAAGAACCCAGCAAUGAUGUGGCCAGUUUGCCUCAGAAAAGCACAGAAGAUAGUGUGAAAGAGGAGGAUAGCCACAUGUGAGAGAGACUGGUAUCUUAAAUCCAGGAGGGCAUGAUGAAAGAUUAUCAAUAUGAUAUGUUGUGCUUGGGUGCGGGGAGCACUGUUGGUAGUGAACAGUGGGGAGAAGUUUAUAAAUCAGGUGAUUUUUUAAAAAAUCUGCAAAUUGUCUUUUUAUCAGCAUUUGACAGUAGCAGAGCUCAAUGGGCAGUGCCAUCUUUUUAUUGGGUGGGGAGGGAGGGAAAUUUUUAUACUCUGGCUUUUUUUAACAGUAAUGUGAAUGUACUAAUAUGUGCCUUAGAGCUUCCACAUUUAGGCUGUUCUGGAAAGGCCUUACCUUAGUUGUACAAACUGUUCCACUUAGAAUUUUGUAGUCUGCUUAGGCUAUAUCUGUAAAGGAUAUCUUGACUACUUUUUAUGUAGUAGGUUUCAAGGUUGGGUGUUAAAUAAACACUACUUCACAUGCUUCUAAAUUUUGUUACGGCCAGACUUGGUAGAAGUACAAAUAGCUUUGGAGCAUAGGUGAUGAAAAGUUUGGUAGAGUUUUAAUCAAUAUUAUUGCAGUCCUGAUGUUUCUAGAUUCCAGGUGCAUGCCAGCUUGAUUGUGUUUCUAACAGUUUUUUGAGAACUUUUCUUAUUGUUGGUUUUUGUUUUGUUUUGUUUAAGUCCCUUCCUGGUUAAAUGUGAGUUCUCGCCAUUUGAAUAAAAUAUGCAAAGAGACAUUUCCACUGUCUUUCACUUGACUUAUUAUGGAGUCAAGCCUACUUUUUAAUCACCGUUACUUUACUUACUGGUUGUCAUCAGACUAAGAAUGUCUGCCUUGAGAAAACAUUUCAAAAUGAAACGGGUAUCUGUGCAAGUGGUUGAGUUGGUUACUUUGUGCAUGCCUUGUGCAUUGAGAGAACCCUCAUUUAUACCAUUUUUCUAUACCCGUUUGACUCAUUCAGUGUCUGAGCUUAGCUUUGGAAUAGGAAAGAUUAAGGGUGUCACCCUAAGCACAGCUGCUUGCUUACUAACCCCACCACUUCCAAAGGGAUGCAUUUUCAUUCUCAUGUUCCUCUUUAAGUAGUGAUCUGACUGGGUGGCGAUGAAAUCUGGUACCCCGUUUUGUGGAGAGUAAUGCUCAGAGAACAGUUUCUCAGCACUAGCUAAACCGUUGAGUAGAUACUUCUUUCUAACCUGUGCUAAGGAUAGAUUGGUGGAAAACUGAACAGAGACAUUACUUUUUCUUAGUUCCUUGUGUUUUCUGAUGUGGCAACUUACUCCAAAUGGGCAAAGAAUUUGAAAUGAGAUGUAGCUGCUCAACUGCAAGACGCUUUAUUUGGUAAAAGAUGGGAGAAUCCUUUGUAUAUAUUUAUUCAUUUUUAUUAGUGAUAGUGAAAACCACACUUGGGAGGACAGCAGAGCCUCUUGCUAGUCAUAAAUCCUAAUAAAUAAUCCUGCAAGACACUUACUUUUUCAAAUAAACUUGCACCAUCUCAUUCAUCCACCAAAUGCUGGUAGUUUUUCCUGCUACUUUCAACAAUUUUUCAUAGCCACAUUCCAAAAUACAACAAGUAUAUUGGCAUGUAUCUUGUGAGUCAUCUAGUUAGAAGAUAGAGGCAAAUGAUCUCUGUGGGUUGUAAAGUUAAGUUCCAAUAACUGAGCCCACAUAGUUGAAUGGGACUCACUCACAGAUUAGUGUAUAUAUAGAAUUUCAGUCUUAAGACAUGCUGUUGUGAGUCACUCAAUCUUGUGAAAACCUGUAGAAGAGUAUAAGUAACAGAAGCACAAUUUUCUUGGAAUGUACCCGAUGCUUGUGUGUGUGAACGCCGAAGUGAACAUUAGCACCUUGCUUGAUGUUUAAAAUUUAGACACCCUUAGGCCAGAAAGCUAGGUGGGGAACACUGAAAACAGCAAUGUCUCUUCUGGUAAUGUCUAGUAAUACAAAAUGCAUUGCAUGUGCCAUUGGGCUCCUUGUUAGUCCCACACUACUCAGUUUCAUUGGUUGCUGCUUGCAAUGGCCAGGAAGCCCUUAGCAUAAUGACCUUGUUGUAUGUUUUGUACAAUUGGGGAGGAAGAGAAGAUGCUCUUUGUUUUUGGUGGGAGACGCAAAUAUUCUAAUGUCUUGUUCUAGCCUCAAUGUAUAAAGUUCAUAAUAUUGUGGUAUUGCAUUUGUCUUUGUAGGACAUGGAAAAGAAAUAGAUACGUUUUUCAGCAUGUUCUGGGAAUCUGAACCCAGCUUAAUAUGAACCAAAUUCCAGCUCUACAAUUCCAUGAUUCUGUGAAUUUGUGCAGUGGUUGCUUCUUGUUUUCCUGCAAACUAGUGUUCCAUUCCAAACAGCUGGUGUUUAAGUAUUAAUGGGUGUUCUUAGUGUUCUCAAUUUUUUGGCCAGAUACAUUGAAAUUCUGUUGGGUUUUUUCCUUCUAGGGUAGUGUAUUUUGAUGAUCAUCUGCACAGGAACUUCCUGUGCCUUCGAUUUAGCAGUUUUGUAAUAAGCCACAAGCACAGAAGGUUCCUCUGCAGGGACUGCUUUGUGCAACCUAAAAGCAGGUUUGCUGUGUGGCACAUCAGUUUCUCCCUCCAACAGUUCCACUUACAGCUGCAGACUUUGUAUUUAGAGCUUUUAUCUUGUGAUUGACCUCGAGUUGUAACAAGGAGGACCCUCCAGAUCCUUUUGGAUGAAUAGCACACAUUUGUGUGGCUUGUUUUGUGAAGAGUUAAUAACAGCAACUAUCCCUGUAAUGUGUAAUAUGUGAUGUCAUGAGUUUGUCCUUUGACAGGUAGGCGGAUUGUAGAAAAAUAUGCAGCUACAAGCUUUCAGCACCAGAACGUUUGCUAAUAUGAGUGGUGAAAUGAAUUAUGAUUAGUAACACUUAGCAAUAAUUUGUCAGUCCCCACAAAAAGUCCAUGCAUACACAUCCUUAGAGGCUAAAUAUAACACAAUGCUCUGGCGGGGGUAGCUAAUCAGUGGCCCCCCCCAGAUGUUGAUGGACUCCAGCUCCCUUCAGUAUCUCCCAGCAUGGUGAAUGGUGAGGGAUAAUGGGAGUUGUUGUCCAAUAACAUCUGGGGGAGCCAUAGAAUAGGCACCCCACUUCUAUUAGUUUCCCUCCACUUACUAAUGCCAGUGUUUUUCAUUAAAGGGUAUGAAAUUAAUUAACAAGUUUUAAACCUUUGAUUCUCCUUCACUGUGUAACCUACUUUUUUUUUUAAUUGAAGGUAAAUUACUUCUCUGCGAUACUCUUGCCUUGUCAAAGCUCAUACUGAAGAGAGAAUUCUUACCAUUUUGUGGAAACUCAACUCUGCUUUCUUUCUAAUAACUGGCCCACAUUUUUGGUUUAUGCAAAUAAAGCUGAACAAAUUGAUUUUGUAUUUUUCAUUUGCUCACCCCAAAUAUGUUGAUUCUGACAAGUAACCUUGGUGUUUUUGGGUUUUUUUUUUAAGUUCUGGAACUCUCUUGCCAGUAUUACACAAUGCACUGUGAAAUUCUUUUCUGUUGUCUUGUUCGCUUAGGUUUCGGAUUUUUAAUGUUUUGGGUUUUUUUUUGUAAUUGCAUUCUGCUCUAAAAUUGUACAAAAAGGAACAGGUCAGGGUAUUUUCAUACUUUAGAAUAUGUUUGUUUAUAAAGCCAAUAGAGUAUUUUGUAUAAACAGAUUUUAUUGUACUGUAUUGAGAUGCGACAUAAAACCAAGUUAUAUGUUCAGAAGUUCCAUGUGUCAAGAAUUCAUAAUAACUGGUUCACAUUGCAAUAAACUAACAAUGAAAAA